CUUUAUCCUCUCUCUAAGCAUGGAAUAUUUGUUUUAAAUAACCAAGUGGUACUAUAAUUGAAUGCUUUGUUAUUGUUCAUAGCCAUAGACCAUGGAAUUCCUCGUUAAUAAAGCACAAUGAAAUAUGAAUCCUCUUUGAUGGAGAACGUUUGAGGUUUAUCUAUUACAAAAUGGAAAAAUUAAAAAAUAAAUAAAUAAUUUUUUAAACCAAUAUUUCAUGAGACGGCUUCUCUGAUCUGACUUUUCCUUUCCUUUUUGUUUUUUGAAAAAAAAAAAGUAUAUUGACCCUUGUGUGUGUUCAUGUUUAUAAAACUGAUCCUGUUUUGUGAUGCAAUGCAUUGUUGGAAACUCAGAGUUCACUAUAAAAGGAAGAGAAGCCCAACAACUAGACGGUGUAUUAGAACUGUGAAAUAUCCUUGUUUUCUCAGUUCAAGAUAGAUGGAUAAAGAGGCCUCUACAAUCCUUUCUUCCACAUUGGAUGGAGAAAUUCGUCAUUCUGCUGAAUCCCGUGUUGAGAAGAAGCUCAAAUUAUUCGGGUUUGAGCUGAAUCCAUACAGGAAUGAUGAGAGCUGCCUGAAAGGGUAUGCAGAAGGAGAUGAAAGUGUGAAUUCAUCAAACACUUUUUCGUCUGAAAGGGAGAAACCAGUCAAGCAGAAGAGCUCGACAGGUGAACAUGACGAUAAGAAGUUUGAGUGUCAGUUUUGUUUUAAGGAGUUUGCAAACUCUCAGGCUUUAGGAGGUCACCAGAAUGCCCAUAAGAAGGAAAGAAUGAAGAAGAAAAGAUUGCAGCUUCAAGCAAGGAAGGCCAGCAUCAGCUGUUAUCUUCAACCUCUCCAGAACAACCUCAGUUACAAUUGUCAUGGCUCAACACAAUGGUUCUAUGAUCCUUCCUGCUGUACACCUGAAUUCACCGUCUAUGAGGAGUCUCAGAUUAGUUUCAAUCCCUACGACCAAGAUUCCUACCUAAAUGGGUCUCAGGGAUCGAAGUGGUAUGCUAUACCUGCUCAUGUUCCUUUCCAACAAGAAUCUUGUAUGUUCACUUUAACAGAUCCUGAGCGAUCCAGAGAGAACAAGCCUGUCAUUAGGAAGCCUUCACCUUUUCCUGCUUCCAAGCAAACCUGUAAAUCUCUGGAUCUUCAUUUAGGCCUUGGCUUGCAAUCAAAUAUUAGAAGCUCCACAAGAAAUAGGAUUUAACUGCUCUAGUGUAGAUUAAUAGCCCCACACCUUUCUUUCAACUCCCUGACGGAUGGAAGAACAUGAUAGACUAUUAACCCCAAAGAUUGCUGUCAAAGACAUCAAGAAGAUUUUAUUUGGAUACGUAAUGUCAUCUAUAAUUCAAUUUUCCUAUAUGAAAUUAAUCAUGCAAUACAAGGUCGAUGUAUUUACACUGUGCAGAUAAGGAGAGCUCACAGAUUGGAUCGAUGGUGAGACAUAUAUAGUUGAACAUUACUUGGGGUGAACCUGGUCAGGACUCGGGACUCGAGAUUUUAAUGUAUUCUACUCAUUAAUUUCAGUUUAUUUGCAACUAUUAUAAAUAUAUAAUCCAAAGAUUGCAAUCUCUGUGUGUCAACAAGAGGAGAGAUUUGAAAUUAGAACAUCUGUAGGAGAUAUAUGACUACAAAUUAGUCUAUGCCUCGUUAGUUCAGUCGGAGUCUUUAUUACAAAGCCUGAUGGAUAUCUUUGGAGCGCACAAAUUAUUCCAAAUAAUUCAGACUUGGUCUGCAGGAAUGCUCCAGGCUCUGAUGUUUUCCUUUCUAUCUGGCGUCCGGUCCUGCAUAUCUUGAAACAUAAGAGAUCUGCAGGUUUUAAUUAUUGGUCCCAUAGCUCAUA